AUGAUCUCCUUGUUCAGGGAGGUGACGUGGCUGUUCCAGUUCUCACCGCGGUCAAUUCUGCGUCAGGUGUGCUCCCUCCCUUACAGGCUGCCACCGGGGCAGCACUCCUUAUCCUCGAUGAGGUCAAAAAAUUCAAAGAGAGUAAGGAGGAAUGGGAGCGUUUCGGUAGAUAUGUUGUAGACGCAAUGGCCCGUGUGGUGGCGGCCCUCGACUCAUAUGAUGCGUCUAGUAAAGGAGCGUGGAUGGGGAACAUCACAAAACUUGACCAGGCGUUGGAGCGCAUUCAAACUGAAAUCGAGGGAUCUUGACGAGGCCUUGACAUCAUUCCAGCUGGGGACGAACCUGACAAUAGGAAACUAUCAAGACCGGUUAAAUCGUGCAAUCGAGAAUUCUUCUGUUCUGGAUAAGCUCCAAUAUCCUGCCGUCGCCCAUCACGAUUCAACCCAGGCAUGUUUGGAAGGCACCAGGACUGGCUUGAUUGAGCACAUUAUGGCCUGGUAUCGUAACACAGAGAAUAGUGAGAAGCGCGUCCUACUGAUGACAGCGGUGGCUGGCGCCGGCAAGACAUCUCUUGCUCACUCGAUCGCAGAGGAAUGCAGCAAAGAAGGGAUGUUGCUGCUCAGUUUCUUCUUCAAAGCCGGGGAGCAAUCGCGCCCGGACCAUUUGUUCAGCGGAAUAGCCCGAUCGCUCGCAACACACAACCCAGCGUAUCGUUUCUACCUCAUCUCCAUCCAGGAGGACCCGACUCUCGCUACUGCCUCUUUCCCAAUGCAAUUCGAGAAAUUAGUGGUGGAGCCUUUCCGCCUGAAGGCAUUGCCUUCCGAUGGCCCUGGGACGGUCAUUAUUGAUGCCUUGGAUGAAUGUGAGGAACAAGCUUUCAAAUACCUUGCCAAAAUACUUCGGGAACAGGUUCCCAAGUUGCCCCCAAGCAUUAAAUUCUUUGUCACCUCAAGGCAAUUUGGCCUUCUUGGUCCUUAUCUCUCGAACCAUUCCGUCAUUGAUCAUCUCAGCAUUGAUCUCUCGGAUGAUACCAACGUUCGAGACUGCGAUAUCUACAUCCGUAACCAGCUACCUGAGCUGAAGGAUGUGCAUCCCCAUUUGAAAGACGAACUUAAUGAUGAGGAUACAUUGGUCCAAGACAUAUUGGGACGAGCGGGUGGGUUGUUCAUUUGGAUCAGUACUGUGUUCCGCUAUAUGCAGAACACCCGUCGUCCUCCUAUGAGGAUGCUGCAGGAGCUUCUUGAUACUGGUGCGAACCGAUUGAAGGCUCCCGCUGAGGGUGAGAUGGAUAGGCUGUAUGCGAGAGUUUUGGAGAAGUGCGAUUGGGGGAACGAUGAUUUUGUGCAUGACUAUCCGAUUGUGAUGGGAGCGAUCCUAAUCGUGCAACAGCCAUUAUCCGUAGCGGCUUGGGAUGCGAUCCUGUCACCACACCUGAAGUCUCCUGUCCACUAUACGUUAGAAGACCUUUCUCCGCUCGUCUCGGGAGUUGGGGAUUCUCACAUACCGAUUCGUGUGUUACAUCAAUCCUUCCGCGAUUUUCUCACAGAGCGAGUCGGACCACAAUCACCAACCCUUCAUCGGUUUGCAGUGGAUGUGAGGAGGGAGAAUGCAAAAGUGGCUCUGUGCUGUAUCGAUAUCAUGAAUAAGGAUCUUUCCUCUGUGGAAGGUUUGGGGUUGAUUGAGGAGGGUUUGUCGGAAAAGGCCGAGCUGCCACCUACUGCAGAAGGGACGCUGUCGGAACAGCUGCAUUAUGCAUGUCGGUAUAUCGUGUAUCACCUCAAACAAGUCCAGAAGCCACUGGAAGUGCUCAAUGGGUCGGUUCGCGCAUUUCUUGGUCAGCAAAUAGUGCGCUGGGUGGAAGUCUGCGUGAGGACCGGAGGGUAUAUUAGUAUAUCAUCAUUCCCCAAGUGGGCCAAGUUGGGUGUAGAUCAAACUUCAAAGGGAGUCAUUCAAAUGUUGGUCAAAGUAUUUGGCAAUGUGUUCCGUAAUCUUGCAUUCUUUUUGAGAUUGCAGGAAGCAUAUGAGUUGGCAAAUGACUCUGUUGGGCUCUGUCGUUGCCUUGUGUCCGCGGACCCUGAUUCCUACACUACUGAUUUGGCUCGAUCACUUGGACAUCUCGGUGCAUCACUUGCCAACCUUGGACGGCAUUCCGAGUCACUCUCUGCGAAUGAAGAAAGUGUCGAACUCUUCCGCAAGGUAGUUACCGUCGAUCCGACUUCAUUUACCCCCGAUUUGGCUCGAGCGCUCGUGAGUCUUAAAAUAUCGCUCUCCGAUCUCGGACGGCAUUCCGAGGCGCUCCCAGUGAUCGAAGAAAGUAUCACACUCUGGCGCGAGCUGGUUGCUGCCCACCCAACCUCAUACACCCCUGAUUUGGCUGGGGCGCUCAAUAGUCUUGAAGUAUCGCUGAACUAUCUCGGACAGCAUUCCGUAGCACUCCCGGUGAUCGAAGAAAGCGUCAAACUCUGGCGUGAGCUAGUUGCCAUCCAUCCAACCUCAUACACCCCUUAUUUGGCUGGAGCACUUCAUGAUCUUAACUGGUCAUUGCUCGAGCUCGGACGAUAUUCCGAGGCGCUCCUAGUUAUUGAAGAAAGCAUCAAAUUGUGGCAGGAGCUCAUUGCUAUCCAUCCGACCUCAUACACCUCUGAUUUAGCUCGAGCGCACCGAAAUCUUGAAGCAUCACUUAUCAACCUUGGACGGCAUUCCGAGGCACUCUCAGUGAGUGAAAAAAGCGUCAAACUUUGGCGUGAGCUAGUUGCCGUCCAUCCAACCUCAUACACCCCUGAUUUGGCUCGAGCGCUCAUGAAUCUUAACAUAUCACUCUCCAACCUUGGACGGCAUUCGGAGGCGCUCCCAGUGAUCGAAGAAAGCAUCACACUCUGGCGCGAGCUAGUUACCAUCCACCCAACCUCAUAUACUCCCUUCUUGGCUCGAGCGCUCAAGAGCCUUCAGGUUGUACUCAACGAUCUUGGGCGGCAUUCCGAAGCGCUCCUGGUGAUCCAAGAAAGUGUCAAACUCUGGUGCGAGCUAGUUGCCCUCCAUCCGACCUCUUACACCCCGGAUUUGGCUCGAGCGCUUCACGAUCUUAACUGGUCAUUGCUUGAGCUCAGACAGUAUUCCGAGGCGCUCCCGGUGAUCGAAGAAUGCGUGAAACUCUGGCGCGAGCUAGUUGUCAUCCACCCGACCUCAUACAGCGCUGAUUUGGCUCGAGCGCUCCGGAAUCUCAACUCAUCACUCGUCAAUCUCGGACGGUAUUCUGAGUCACUCCCGGCAAUCGAAGAAAGUGUCAAACUCUGGCAUGAACUAGUUGCCAUCCAUCCAACCUCAUACACCCCUGAUUUGGCUCGAGCGCUAGGGGAUCUUGACAUCUCACUCACCAGCCUUGGAAAGCAUUCUGAGGCACUUUCGGUGAACGAAGAAAGUGUCAAACUCUAGCAUGGGCUGGUUACUGUCCAUCCAACCUCACAUACCUAAAUUGGCUCGGGACCUCUGGCAUCCUUUUACAUCACUCUUCAAUCCUUCAAUCAGGGACGACAUCCGGAGGCAGAUCGAAGAAAGUGUCAAGCUCUGGCGUGAGCUAGUUGUUGUCCAUCCAACCUCAUACAUGCCUUGUUUGGCUGGAGCACUCGGGGAUCUUACACUAUCACUUUCAAAUCUCGGAUGGGUGCUCCUGGUAAUUCAAGAAUGUGUAAAGCUUUGGCAUGAGCUAGUUGCCAUCCAUUCAACCUCAUACACCCUUAAUUGGCUGGAGUGCUCCGGGAUCUUGCUCAAUCACUCGCCAAUCUUGGACGGGAUUCGGAGGCGCCCCUGGAAAUUAAAGAAAGUGGUGUGAACUAGUUGCCGACCGUCCGACCUCAUACACCCCGAGCUCUGGUGUUUUAAACUA